UAUAUGACUAUCCAUAUAACACCGGAGCCGGAUUUUUCAUAUGUCUCCUUCGAAUCCAACAUUCCUGAAGCCUCGUAUGGGGAGGUAAUCGAGCGCGUUUUGAGGACUUUUAAACCUGGGAAAUUCGUCGUCAGCAUCUUCGCCAACAAGGAAUCAGUGGCGGCAGACUGUCCACGCGAACUCGAACAGUCUGAUAAUUUCGGUUUUGAAGUGGACUAUGUGCGAAACGAUGUACAGUAUUGUCGCUUUAAAAACUACGACCUAACUUGCGCGUUCUACUCCAAAUUUCCAAGCUGAGGGUUCAUGGACGCCCCGUCGCCGGCAGACAUUGCUUGUUGCAGCAACUGCAGUGCCCAUGCCGCCGGCUUUGACGAGGCGAACACCCUUGCUUCCUCUUCCCUGCCCCUCUCCUCAUCCUCUCUACCACCUUCCUAUUAUUUGCAAACAUCUCCCCAACUUCUCACAAUUAACUUAAGUUUAUCCUCCUUUAAAGCUAAUGAUUCGCCCCUCUCAUAUUAUUCUUCAUAUUCAACGUCAAUGUCUUCACAAAAAUCUAGCCGGUCAACUUCAUCACCACAACUAAUGAGCGCUAAAACUCGAUCCAAAGUUUAUCGCAGAGCUUCUCUCAAAUCUCUAAAUAGCUUACCAGCUCUUAUUUUGCCACUUCACUCAAAAAUCAUUAAGCUUUCUAGUAGCGAUAACAACAACGAUAAAAUACCAGAAUGCAUGCAGAGCGCCAAAAUCAACUGCACGCUGCAUGGUAAAGAACGAUUGGAUCUCUUAAAGCCUAGCGCUUCUUGUCUUCAUCCUUCUCCAAUCUUUCAAAAUAACAGUAAUAACAUUGACAAAUAUGAUUACCAACGUAACCAAAAAGUUUAUCGCCAUCAUCGAUACCCCCAUCACGUUCAACACCAGCAACAUCUGCAUAAAAAUAAAGUAACAAAUGAAUCAGUCGUACAACAAGAUAACCAGACCAAACAACAAUCCAAGGUCAAAAGCUGUGCCGCCAACUUCUUACCUAUUCUUUCCUUUAUACCUCAUACAGUGAUAAGUUUUCAAUAUCCAACUCCCAAGAUAAAAUUCUCAUGGUGGAGAAACAAAAUAUCGUGAAGACACGCCUAGACAAACGAUUGUUGAAGACUGUUUUUCUAGAUUGGCUUCUUUUUUACUAAGAUGCUGUUAUAAAGGCUAAAUUUGUUGUUCACAUUAUAUCUUCCUGACCGGAUGAUCACUAUGAUUUUAUUAUUGGUUACCGUCUGUUCAAAUAAGGAACGUUAAUUUGUUUAUCGUUUCCUUCUAGUUCCUCAAUUUCUUACUGCUUUAUGAGAAUUGAUGUGAUGUUCACCCCGUUGCAUGAUUACUAAUUACAAAGCACAUAUACAUAUAUGUGUGUUAUUAUAUCAAGCAUGCGGCAAUAAAUGUAUGGAAAGAAGAAAGUUUAAAUAUAUAUGUUCUUUUGACGUAGAUUAUGUUUUUAAAUUGUAGGCAUAAAAUGUUAUCUAGCACGAUGUAGCGUCAAAUAUGUAAAUGAAGAAUUUUUUUAAAUGUAUUUACAUUGUCUAUUCAUUUGAGUAUAUGUAAACAGAAACAUAAUUAAAUGUCGCAUGAUAAAUCAGUAGAAAACACUGUAGUUCCUAUGUCAAUAAAAAAACUCAUUUUAAUAUUAUACAGUAUUUUUUACAUCAACAAA